UCGCAUUCUUCACUUUCCUCACCAACACGGUGUUGUGGUUGUGAGAGUGUCCUCGUCUUCGUCGUCACUUUAAAGUGAAAAAGUUCGAUCCGGAUGUUCUUUGUUUAAUAAUACGACGGGAAUAAAUAAACAACGGAUUGUAAUAAUAAGUUGAAGGAAUCGAAAAACAAUGACAGUAAUGGAGGGAGGCCCUAUCCUGUCCGUGGUGCAAUUAAGCCAGGAUAGGAUAGUUCCGGGGCCGCCAGUGGGCCCCCCUCCUGGCACCACCGUGGUCCCCCCGGGUACAGUCGUCGUACCUCCGGGCGGAAUCGGUGGCCUCAUGCCACAGGGCACUCCUCCCAUUCAACCUCCUACCUCACCCGAGAUGCCCGUAUUUCUAUGUCCAAGAAGACCAAACUUGGGUCAUGAGGGACGUCCAAUUAUCCUUAAAGCGAAUCAUUUCCAAAUCUCUAUGCCACGAGGGUUCAUCCACCAUUACGAUGUGUCAAUCCAACCGGACAAGUGCCCACGUAAAGUAAAUAGAGAGAUUAUUGAAACGAUGGUUCACGCUUACUCCAAAAUUUUUGGGACUCUUAAACCCGUGUUCGACGGACGAUCAAAUCUUUACACAAGGGACCCGUUGCCAAUUGGAAAUGAUCGUGUCGAUCUCGAAGUGACAUUGCCUGGGGAGGGAAAGGAUAGAGUUUUUCGUGUUCAGAUUAAAUGGGUGGCUCGUGUUUCACUUUAUGCAUUAGAAGAGGCACUGGAAGGGCGAUCUCGAACAAUUCCAUAUGACGCUAUACAGGCAUUAGACGUAGUGAUGAGACACUUGCCAUCAAUGACGUAUACACCAGUCGGCAGGAGUUUCUUCUCGUCCCCCGACGGCUAUUAUCACCCUCUCGGAGGGGGCAGAGAAGUAUGGUUUGGAUUCCAUCAAUCAGUUCGUCCGUCUCAAUGGAAAAUGAUGCUCAACAUUGAUGUGUCUGCUACCGCAUUCUACAAGGCUCAACCAGUUAUAGAGUUUAUGUGCGAAGUGUUAGAUAUCCGCGAUAUCAAUGACCAGAGGAAGCCACUUGCUGACUCUCACCGAGUCAAGUUUACAAAGGAAAUCAAGGGACUUAAGAUUGAAAUAACUCAUUGUGGGAAUAUGAAAAGGAAAUAUCGUGUCUGCAAUGUUACGAGACGUCCAGCACAAAUGCAAAGUUUCCCACUCCAACUGGAAAACGGACAAACGGUCGAGUGCACCGUAGCCAAGUACUUCCUAGACAAAUACAAAAUGAAGUUGCGGUAUCCGAACCUUCCAUGCCUCCAAGUCGGUCAAGAGCACAAACAUACUUAUCUGCCUCUUGAGGUAUGCAACAUCGUGGCUGGUCAACGCUGCAUCAAGAAAUUGACCGAUAUGCAAACUUCCACAAUGAUCAAAGCAACUGCUCGUUCGGCUCCGGACAGAGAAAGGGAAAUUAACAAUUUGGUUCAUAAAGCAGACUUCAAUAAUGAUCCGUAUGUCCAAGAGUUUGGACUAACAAUUAGCAAUUCCAUGAUGGAAGUGAGAGGACGCGUGCUCCCUCCGCCUAAACUUCAAUAUGGCGGACGAGUAAGUACUACACAAUAUAUGACCAAAACUCAAGCUCUGCCAAAUCAGGGUGUAUGGGAUAUGAGAGGGAAGCAGUUUUUCACUGGUGUGGAAAUUAGAGUUUGGGCCAUUGCUUGCUUCGCUCCGCAACGAACGGUACGAGAAGAUGCUCUGCGCCAAUUUACACAACAACUGCAGAAAAUCAGUAACGACGCUGGAAUGCCUAUAAUUGGACAACCUUGUUUCUGCAAGUAUGCAACCGGACCUGAUCAAGUCGAACCGAUGUUCAAGUACCUAAAGUCAACUUUCCAAGGGCUUCAACUCGUCGUAGUUGUUCUUCCGGGUAAAACUCCAGUCUAUGCUGAAGUAAAGCGAGUGGGUGACACAGUUCUUGGGAUGGCGACACAAUGCGUCCAAGCAAAAAAUGUUAACAAAACGUCUCCUCAAACCUUGUCAAAUCUGUGUUUGAAGAUUAACGUAAAAUUGGGUGGCAUCAAUUCUAUCCUUGUGCCUAGUAUACGGCCGAAGGUCUUUAACGAACCAGUUGUGUUCCUUGGUGCUGAUGUGACACACCCACCAGCGGGUGACAAUAAGAAACCCUCGAUUGCUGCUGUCGUCGGAUCAAUGGAUGCUCAUCCAUCACGUUAUGCAGCAACUGUGCGAGUGCAGCAACAUCGUCAAGAAAUCAUCCAAGAAUUAUCAUCCAUGGUUCGUGAACUGUUGAUCAUGUUUUACAAGAGCACAGGUGGAUACAAACCCCACCGUAUUAUUCUUUACCGAGAUGGAGUGUCCGAGGGACAAUUUCUCCAGGUCCUUCAACAUGAACUGACGGCAAUUCGUGAGGCGUGCAUCAAAUUAGAAGCAGACUACAAACCAGGGAUAACUUUCAUCGUGGUGCAGAAACGCCAUCACACACGUCUGUUUUGUGCCGAUAAGAAGGAGCAGUCUGGUAAAUCUGGGAACAUUCCUGCCGGCACGACCGUAGACGUUGGAAUUACACAUCCUACCGAGUUUGACUUUUACUUGUGCUCUCACCAAGGAAUUCAAGGAACAAGUCGGCCAUCUCAUUAUCAUGUUUUGUGGGACGAUAACCACUUUGAUGCAGAUGAGCUGCAGUGUUUGACAUACCAGCUCUGUCACACUUACGUUCGUUGUACUAGAAGUGUUUCCAUUCCAGCUCCGGCAUAUUACGCACACUUGGUCGCAUUCCGAGCUCGAUAUCAUUUAGUCGAAAAGGAGCACGACAGUGGAGAAGGGUCACAUCAAAGUGGUUGCAGUGACGAUAGAACUCCGGGAGCUAUGGCGAGAGCAAUUACAGUACAUGCCGACACCAAGAAGGUCAUGUACUUUGCUUGAUGCACUCGGCGCGGUUAGGCGACUAAAUUGUUAGACGGGAACGUCAUAUUACUGCUGGUUCUUUAAACCUAAACGGUUUAACCAUCAUCACUUAUUGCAAGUAGGACUCACCUACCUCACUCAACUUGUCUCACAUCUAUUAUCAAAAAAACCAUUCAUUGAACCAUCCGGGUUUAUAUGAAGAAUUCCAGUGCUACGUUUACUCAACGAUUCAAAUGCAGAAAGGCCAUGCAUGCAUAAAUUCAUGGCACUAAUCUUCUAUAGUUAGGUUUAGAUAAUACUCGUCUCUUGUUCAUCAGGACGGAUUCCAAAACAAAGCUUGCUAUUAAUUAGUACGUAGCUUGACAUUGACAUUGACUCCUCACAUGCCAUGCCGCGUAUCAUCUAGUUUUUUCUUGACUUUUGGGGAACUAAGUUUCUGAGUAAUACCGAAGAAAAUAUUAACUUGUUAUCAAGAAGAAGAAGAAAAGGCAACUAGGUUAUAUAACUACAUAAUUAUGGAUAUAUAAGAAAUAUUAUUAUGACUUGAGCAAAACUUUAAAAAUUAGUAUUACAAAAUGUAAUGACAAGUAAUAGUUAGACAAUAUAUUGGGCAGCCAAUAAUAGUCCCAAAAAUAAUAAACCUUCCCAAAGUCCAAUAACCAACCACGCCACAAAUAUUAUGAAAAAAAUCUGCAAAAUGAAAGUUACCGAAUGAAACGGCAGGUGAAUUAUACUGCUGCUGUUGCUGCUAAAAAUAUUGAUAAUUUCCUAACGAGAGUUUAGAGUUCUAGUUUUUCAUUAUAAUUAUUACUAUUCAUUAGUUAUUAUUAUUUUGUAUUCGAAUUGAAAGCCAAACGCUUCAAAUUUUAACCGUUCAUUUUUUAACCAAUACUGAAAAUGGUUCUAGUUUACUUACAUGCACGAUUUUUUUAACUAGAGUGGUAUGGGUUGUAACUUAUUUUCGAGUAGGUUGUGUCGUAGUGUGUAGUAAAUCGUUCAGAUAAUAGUUAGUUAGCUACGGGGGGGGAUGAGGAUGUAAAAAAAGAGAUUGUCCAUGUAAUGUGGAGUGAAAGGAAAAACAUGCAAAUAUUGGUACACUGGCCAGACUCAUUGUAUUAUAGAUGAAGACCAGAUGAAUAGAUUUCAAUUUCGUGUAUACCGUUUACCAGUAAAAUGCAAAAAAGUAAGUUUGCAAAAGGAAGGCUUUAGUAAAAAUUGAUCACACUAUUUUAAAAACAAUUGUUUUGUAUUGUAUCCAUUGUUGUAAACUGUACAUAAACUACUCUAAAAACAGAGAUUUAGUAUCUUCCUCUCGAGGAAGAUAACCCCUAAAAAUAUAUUGAUGUUGUGUUCGUCUGGUUAAAUUAGUAGCAGUCAUAGACUGAUGAAGUGUUAUAGUUCGUUGGAUGGAGAGAUAUAGGGGACAAAUGAGCUGACGGAGACAAUCAGACUUUUGACCACUCUCCGCUGUCAUUUAGUAGUCCUCUAAUCACUCCCGAAACGGUUUUCUGUAAGGAGAGUCAGGCUAUGAAUGAAGUCUGUCUCACUCGGCGAACACAAGAAUUUGGCAAAACAAAAUCUAUACGCGAACGAGGAAGAAAAAUCAUAAAUAGAAUUUAUUACAACAAAAUAGAAAUAUAUUAUGAUUCUUCAUGCAGCCGGAAACUAUAGCCUUUAACAUUUUUUACAGAAAACUUUGGAAAACAAUAAUGGCAAGUGAAAUUCAAGAGAGUUCCAUUUUAUAAAGCGAUAUAUACAAAUUAUGCAUUUCCAACAAUUCCGAUCCGUGUUCUUUCUUUUUGGGUUAAAAAUACGUAGGGAGGGAGGAAUCUAUGUCUGGCCAGCCAAUUAAGCAUGGUGCUAUAAAUACAUGUUUUGAAAUGUUUACUUUUUUUAUAGCACACAAUUUGUUACGAAAAACAAGUGUUCAGUUUACUUUCUGUCGCCCAUUUUUUAUUAUUAAAAACCAGGCAGGUUAUGACAGACAAGAGAGAAUCGUCUUUCGUCCGAAGGCAUUUAUCGAGUGGGAAAUUGCAGUAACUCCAACACCCUAGAAUCACCACAAAAUAUAUACUUGUGGUCACGAACUGUUCAAUAUUUUACUCAAGGUUGCAAUAUAUCUGGCCCAUUCAUCAAAUAGUAACAAUAAUAGAAAAGGGGAAAUGGAAAUUAAAGUAGGACAAGAAAGAGCUCAAAGAAUUUAGAAUUCCACUUUUGGCCUCCACGUCCUACAGAUUAGGAAAUUAGAAAAAAAA